AUGCCGGAAGCCAUUCGUCGAGUAAAGGGGUAUGGGGAGGGUGCAUAUACAUACUACCCCGUGGUCGUCGUCGGUGCUGGAGAAUCGGGAAUCGCCAUGGCCGUCAGGUUGAAGACAGAAUUGGGUUUCGACCAGUUCCGACUCUUCGAUAGGCAGGCCGGUAUUGGAGGCACCUGGUGGAUCAACAGAUAUCCCGGGGUUGCCUGCGACGUCCCGGCGGUCUUUUAUUCCUUCAGUUUCGCCCCGAAUCCCAACUGGACGAAGUUCUUCCCUGACGGCCCGGAGAUCGUCCACUACCUCCACGACGUGUGCGAGAAAUACCAGAUCACCGACAAGAUCGAGCUGAAUACAGACGUGUCUUCGUGUCGAUGGCUGGAAGACGAACAGCUAUGGGAGGUGGAGCUCCGUCAUCUCGUCCAUGGGAUGGGAGAUCUUUCAGCAAAAGACCGCCAACGGGUACAGGACGAACAAGGAGCGGGUGCUGUCGUCUCGUCAACUGAGACAAUCAGAGCCAAGAUGCUGAUAAGUGGUGUUGGAGGUCUUGUCGAGCCAGCCGGUGUGCCAAGGGGUAUCCCAGGUUUCGAGACUUUCCAAGGACCGGUUUUCCACUCCGCCCGAUGGGAUUACUCGGUGGACAUGACGGACAAGAACGUUCUGGUGGUGGGAACCGGUUGUAGCGCCGCGCAGUUCGUUCCGUCGCUGACAAAAGCUCCGUACAACGCCAAAUCCGUGACCCAACUCAUGCGGUCGCCGCCAUGGGUGUGUCCCCGCAUCGUGCCUCCGGGUGGUAACGAGUGGUGGGAGGCAAACAGUCGAACGCUCAUUACUCGCGUCCCUGGAUUCGGUAAGCUCGUCCGAUGGGUGGUCGCUGGCAUCGCGGAAUCCGCCUUUAUCAUGUUUGGAAGUGGUAAGAUCGCGACGUGGUCCCGAAAAGCUUCUGAGAAGGAACUCCUCAGGCACAUGAAGAAGACUGUCCCCGCAAAAUACCAUGACAUGUUAACCCCGGAUUACGGCGUUGGCUGUAAGCGACGGGUUUUCGACGCAACGUGGUUCCCAGGAUUGAACGAUUCGAAAAUAGAGCUAACAACCCAGCCGUUGACGAGGGUUCAGGAGGAUGGCGUGGUCAUUGGACCUGGAUCCUUGUAUGCUGGCCCUGGCAAAUCGGAGGAGGAGUUGAAGGCGUUAGGACCUGAACGGAAAAUCGAUGCGGAUAUCAUCGUACUCGCCAACGGCUUCGAGGCGUACAACUGGUUCCAUCCGCUUGAGAUCAUCGGUCGAGACGGCAAGACGCUGUAUGACGUCUGGGACGAGCGUGGCGGACCGCAAGCGUACCUUGGAGCUGCCAUGGACGGAUUCCCCAACAUGUUCUUCCUCUUCGGACCCAAUACCGCGACCGGGCACAGUUCCGUCAUUUUGGCUUCAGAGAACAUGGUGAACUUCUCGUUAAAGUUCAUGGAGCCCGUGUUGAAGGGCGACGUGCAGACGGUGGAGGUGAAGAAAGAGGCGGAGAUCGCGUACACGGCUGAUAUCCAGGACAAGCUGAAGGAUACGAUUUGGAUGAAGGGCGGUUGCAGUAGUUGGUAUCAUAAGGACGGAUGGAACUCAACUGUGCUUCCAUACUCCCAGGUAUGGUUCCUGUUCAGGUGCAUGUUCCCGCGAUAUGGCGACUUCCACUUCAACUACACCUCGAAGGGGCUAUGGAAGCUUCGGUUGUCUAGGGCGACCAAGCUUCUGCUUCUCACGCUUGCCUGCGUGGGGACAUACCGGGCAAGGCAGGUCGGAUUGAAGUUGGCGGAUUUGAAGGGGUUUCUGAGGGUUGGAUUCGGCUUUGCCCUUGACUACGGAAUUCAGGCGCUGUCCAAUGCAAAGAGUGUCGUCAGCGGAGCGUGA